AUGAAGGCUCACAGCGGGAGGGAGAGGGAGAGGAGGGCACACAGGGCAACAGCGAACACUGGGAGGCAUAUUGCGAAGCCUAGGUCGAAGACUACUUUAGCGCAGAGACCAAGUACGAUUGCUACCGGGGUCAAUGGCUCGGAUGUGACAAGACGAAGGCACAAACGAAGUCACUCCAACAAGAGUGAUAGCUCCAACGAGGCCACAUCGUCGGACGAGGAGGAGCCUGCACAAGAUCACAGGGCUGUGUUGGCCGCAGCCAGGGCCCGAUUGAGCUCACCGUCGACCAUUUCAGCUUUUACUACCCUCACAACUGCGACCAACAACUCCGGUGGGUCAAGUGGGAGUAAUUCAACAGUAACACAAGACUCGAUCACAAAGCGGACAGGAAAGAAGCCGGAGGAGCCGGAAGCACCGUUGUCACCUGCUGUACCGGAUCCACCAGAUGUGUUUGCGUUCCUCGAUAGGGAUGACUCAGCGGAAUCUGAGGACGGAGAGGGAGAGGAUCAUGAGGAAGGAGAGGGAGAAGAUCAUGACGAAGAAGAUGAACGAGACGAAGAAGCCGAGGAGGAUGACGAUGAUCCGGGUGAAGGCCCAUCCACUUGGGCUCCUCAUCAGCCCGAAAUGAUCAUGACAACGAUUGGGUCCUCGCAGAACAGCAGCGCCUCCUCUACUUCCAGCAGCUUCCACGGGGAUGAUACUUUCUCUCAACCAGCAGACCAUGACACCGAUCGAAGUGACAGCCCGGAGCGGGAUGUUGAUGGGAAGGAAGAACCAGCUCAAGCUCCUCCACCAACUGAUCGAGUUUCCGCCAAAGUCGCGGCACAAAUGGCUGCGGCUCAGCAGAGACAGAGCAUGUACGCCAUGCAGCAAUUCGGAACUCCGAAUAUGCCACGCGGAAAUUACCAACUUCCUGUUGUUUCACCAAGUGUGUUGAGUUCACGAUACCAGCAACAGAUCAAGCCUCAUGCUCUCCCACGAGCAGAGAAGAUCCCUGUGACAGGGUAUGAACUUCUUGCAUCCCGAUUAUCGUAUUCCAGAGACGCCGAGGAAAGAGGUGAGCGUAUCAGGCCCAUGUACAGAAAAUUCGAAGCUCUGAACCACCGUCUUUUAUUACAUCUUCAAGAUGAAAUCAGCGAGCUUGAAGAACAACUCCACCGCCUCGACAAUGCAGACACGCAGUCCCGACGAGCAGACCGGUAUAUUGUUCCCGCCUCACGUCGGGCAGCCGCACAAGCAGGAGGUGAACUGCAAUGGCAUAAAAUGGAUAUUCUAGGUAAAAUCGGUUACAAGCUUGGACAAUACAAUCAAGCCCUCUCCUCCUUCAACUCGACACAGGCCCUUGCUCCCCCAGACCCAGAGGACAUCGACCUCUACCGCUCAUACCUAGAAACCGAACGCCCCAUCGCGGAACAUGAAACACAUUUCCUAGACCCAGCAGACGACCUCGUCUCCGUCUGCUCCGACACACUGCCCCGCCCUCCCUUCCAAAUGUCAUCUGCAUCAUAUGAUGUUUCUUCCUCCGUGAUCUCCGGCUCAGACAACGAGGUGUCACAUUCCCCGCAUUCCCUCUCGUCAUCCCGCCUGUUAUCACAAGCCGAAAAUAGACAUGAUGGGAUGGAGAAGUCUUCGCUGCCGGCACUCGCCGCAGCAAUCGCGGCCAUGAUUCUCAUCCCGAUCCUAACAUUCAACGUGAUACCGAACUUCAUCGGGAGGGUUACGGUAACGUUUCUUGUUGCGCUGGGGGCCAUGUUCGGACUGGUACAGAGCGGAACGCUUGGGUACGAUGCAUUAGUGGGGAGCGAGGGGAUUUUGUGCACUGGGGUUUAUGGGGGGAUUAUGAUCUGCUUAGCUGGUAUUAUGAGUUAA